CGGAGUCGGUGCUGAAGUUGGGCGGAUGGAAGAAAAACACCGCCGAUGGAGAUUAUAAGGCAGGAUGCAUCUUUACUGUGCGAUUUAACAAGCAUCAACAUAAAACACGUAUAAAUGAACCACUACAGAAUACUGACAACCAGAAUUAAAAGGAUGGUAUAUUUUUGCUCCCCUUGCAACUCAACACUGCAAAUGGUCCACCCACUGAGUCCCUGAGCUCUGCUGAGACCCAGGGCGGGGACUGCUGUCCUCCUCAUCCCUCCUCACCUCCUGGCCCUCCAUCAGUGAUGCCCCGAAGUUUAAGCGGAGUUGACAUGAGAAAACGGCAGCAGCCACACAUUGAAGGACCUCCCCAGGCGCCUGGCCACCCACGACCCAACAACUGCUGCAUGUGCUGGUGUGGUUGUUGUAAAUGCCUCUGGAAUGAGGACCGCAUGGAGGGUUCCGAACGGACAUGCACUAAAAUGGAUAGUAUUGAAGCCACGGAAGAGCAGCAACCCACUCUAGACGAGGUGGUGGCCUGGGCCCGUAGCUUCGAGCUGGUGAUGCGCUCCUCAGAAGGCAGGGAGAUUUUCCGAGAAUUUCUGCGCUCUGAGUACAGCGAAGAGAACCUGUUGUUCUGGCUGGCCUGUGAGGAGCUGAAGAAGGAGACGGACCCGACAGCAAUCGAUGAGAAAGCCAGGAUCAUCUAUGAGGACUACGUCUCCAUUCUAUCACCAAAAGAGGUGAGCCUAGAUUCACGGGUGAGGGAAGGCAUCAACCUGAGCCUGGCAGAGCCUAACAACGUGAUGUACGAGGAAGCCCAGCUGCAGAUCUACACCCUGAUGCACAGAGACUCCUACCCCCGUUUCCUCAACUCCUCUGUUUACAGAGACCUUCUGGACAGCAAGAGAAGCCCCUGCCUAGACACCUAAAGUAACCCACCCACCAACAAACAAAACAGAAAGACAAUCAGGUGCCAGAACUGGGUUAGAUAUUUUCCUUUUUUGAAAAACAGAAAAUAAUGAAUAGUUUAAGCAAUUUCAAUUGUCUGCUCGCAGGCGGCCCUGAGGGUUAGUUCCUGGUUUAACUGCAGAUAAGAGCUCCUCAGGCUACUGUUACAAAGACAAACAAAAGAAAGGGUAGACCCAUUGUUCCGGUACUGUACUUUUGAGAGUUCUCCUUUUGCUCGGUCUCUUUCUCUCUUUGUCUGUAUUUUUCUCUCUCAAAUUCUGUCCCAUGCCUCAGACUUUUUACAGUCCAAAAACAAUGCCAUUUUUAAAAUAGCUGUAGAGUUGACCGUGGUGAGCAGGAAAAUCACUGACUUUGCAUGUGACACGGUAAUGGACUUUGCUCUACACUGGCUUGGUAUGUUAGCAGUGGACAGCAAAGGUUCUUGAAUAUGAGAUGUAUUUUCUUCUGUUCUAGGGAUUUCCCUGUCAAGCUCUUGAUGUGUUAUGUGAAGGGAAUAUCGAUAUUUGCCAAUUAGCUUGCAGUUGUUGAUUUUGAGAAGGUUGAAAGUUUUACAGCAGUGUUCAUUUCCAAGCACUUGCCUUCUUUACAACUCUAAAAGAGAAGGAGGCCUGGAAUUGUGGUCGGGCAGCUAAAUGUCUAAUGAACAUGACUUUCCACGGGAAAUCACAAUGCCUUGACGAGAAAAAGGUGGCACAAGCGCUGCUUGUUAUGGUAACAACCACAGUUUAGUAAACACAGUACAGUUCUACCUGUCCUUCCCUCACCAUCUCACCCUAAGAGAAGCACAGGUUAUGUCAGAGGUUGGAAUCAUUGCUGGAGAUUUUUUUUUUUAUCAAACAUUCAAUUAGUUUCAGACAAAUCAUGAAUACUUUCAAGCUCUCAAAUGAAAGAGAACCGUUAACUUUUUCAUUUUUCUACUGCAUAUAAUAUAAAUGGUAGUAAUCAAGCCUUGGUUCGGAAGGUCAAGUAUGAGAUAGCGGUAUGUCUGAUGCAUAGCCAUGAGGUCAAAGAGGGGUCUGCAUUGCAGAGACAUGGAAUUAUGAAGUAUGCCUAUGUGGCUUCUGGUUUUAAAGCUGUAGCUAGUUCUAGACUGAAGGGGGUCAGUGCCAGCUAAGGAACAGCCCAGCCGAGAGCAGAAGAGGCCUGGUGGAAUUGUGUUUUCUAUGGAGGUGGUUUGGAGGUUUACAGUCCUGUUCACCAGGUGUGUGUGUGUGUCUGUCUUUUAAAGGGGCCAUCAGCAAUUGCUAUGUUCAUUUUUGGACUUAUAAAUUAAUGAUCAUUGAUUCUUGAAG